GUUGAUCUCGUCACCACUGAGCGUUCAAUGCCUCGAAGCGCACCACUAACGGACGGACGCCUUGGCAGUUUCAGUGAUGAUUGCAUGCAUCUCUGUAUCUGUCCUAUAGUCGUCGUUGGGUACCCUGAUGUGAAGGAUGGAGUUUCUACUGGAGACAUCACAAUGGACACUGAGGCCGCAGCUGAUACAGAGGUAGAACUUCACUCAGUGCCGGAGUUGGAGCAGGAAUAUCACAAUGCCUCCAACGAACAUAAAGUCAUAGAGCAAAUCUUCAUGGACAGCCAAUGAGAAGGCGACAAAGAAUACAUAUAGGGGCAUUUUAGUGAAUUAAUGUUUGAUCUAAUUACUGAAAGCAUGGCACAUAGGCAAGCAUGAUGAAGGUUGCACCCUUUCUGUCGAUUAAAUGUUCAAAGUACAGUUCAUGUCCAUCCAUGCACGUCCGAGACCCAUAUCACACUCUUGCACUCUUGAAAAGACUAAAUAUCUGCUGAAAGUAUCUGCUGAUACAAGGAACUUGAAAUUGGGUAAAGUUCUCCAUGGUCAGUUGAUCAAGAGAUCAGCUGAAAGCAUUGAAGACGUCGUAAUUCAAUCCAACAGUUUGAUCAAUCAUUAUGCAAAAUGCAGACAAAUGUCAUUAGCCUGUCAACUGUUUGACCGAAUGCUCGAAAGAAACCUAGUUUCUUGGAGUUCUCUGAUGGCGGGUUAUCUCCAUAGUGGGUUAUCUUCUGAAGUUCUUAGACUAUUUAAGACAAUGAAUUUGGAUGGAACUCUGCAACCCAAUGAGUAUAUAUUUACCACUGUUAUUUCUUCAUGUUCUGAUAUCAGAGCACUUGAAGAGGGAAAACAGUGCCACUGUUAUGUAUUGAAGUCUGGAUUGUUAUCUUACUCAUAUGUUAAAAAUGCUCUUCUAUAUAUGUACUCAAGUUGUUCAGAUGUGCAAGGGGCUUUUGAGGUUUUCGAGACCGUGUCGGGAUCAGAUAUUCUUUCCUAUAAUUCAAUGAUCCAUGGGCUUUUAGAACACGGGUAUCUGAAUAAAGCAUUGGAAGUUUUAAUUAAGAUGGUGAGUGAGCCUGUCGUGUGGGACAAUAUCACAUAUGUUACUGUUAUUAAUCUCUGCAAACAUUUGAAAGAUUUAAACUUGGGGUUGCAAAUCCACAAUCGGAUAUUCAGGACUGGUCUUAAGCUUGAUGUCUUCAUUUGUAGUGCAAUUAUAGACAUGUACGGGAAAUGUGGUAAGAUAUUCAGUGCAAGAAAUGUUUUUGAUGGGCUAUGCAACCACAAUGUGGUCUCAUGGACAGCUAUCAUGGAUGCUUAUAUCCAGAACGGUUGCUUUGAGGAAGCAUUUAAUCUGUUUAUCCAGAUGGAGCGUAAAGGUGUUCUUCCCAAUGAAUGCACAUAUGCUGUUAUAUUGAAUUCAUGUGCAGAGUUGUCUUCACUGAGGCACGGAGAUGUAUUAAAUGCACGCAUAAAGAAAUCAGGACUUAGUGAUUAUGUUAUCAUCGGGAAUGCCUUGAUCAACAUGUAUUCCAAGAGUGGUGAUGUUGAAUCUGGGCAUCAAGUCUUUUCGGAUAUGACUUACCGUGACAUCAUUACAUGGAAUUCAAUGAUAUCUGGCUACUCCCAUCAUGGACUUGGUAGAGAAGCUUUGGAAGUCUUUCAAAAUAUGUUGGCAGCUGAAGAAGCACCUAAUUAUGUAACUUUUGUUGGAGUUUUAUCUGCUUGUGGCCAUUUGGGCCUUGUUGACAAGGGGUUCUACUAUUUGAAUCAGAUAAUGAAAGGCACUGGGGUCACACCAGGGGUGGAGCAUUAUACUUGCAUUGUUGGGCUUCUGUGUAGGGCAGGGCUACUCAAGGAAGCUGAGAGUUUCAUGAGGUCUACACCAGUCAAAUGGGAUGUUGUUGCAUGGCGUACCUUGCUCAAUGCUUGCCAUAUCCAAGGAAACUUUGGUCUGGGAAAGAAAGUAGCAGAGACUAUCCUAGAGUUGGAUCCUGAUGAUGUGGGGACAUAUAUCUUGUUAUCGAAUAUGUAUGCCAAGGCAAGGAGGUGGGAUGGAGUUGCAAAGAUUAGGAAGUUGAUGAGGGGAAGAAACAUUAAGAAAGAACCAGGGGUGAGCUGGAUAGAGAUAAGAAAUAACAUCCAUGUCUUUGUUUCAGAAGACAAGAAACACCCCCAUUCAAGUCAGAUACAUGAAAAAGUUAGUGAGCUACUGUCACUGAUAAAACCAUUAGGUUAUGUGCCCAGAAUUGACACUGUGCUGCAUGACGUGGAGGAUGAACAGAAGGAAGAGUAUCUCAGUUAUCACAGUGAAAAGCUGGCUGUAGCAUAUGGACUUAUGAUUGCACCUAUAGGAGGACCAAUUCGUGUCAUUAAGAACCUUCGGAUGUGUGACGACUGCCACUGUGCCAUAAAACUCAUAUCAAUGGUCACUAACAGAAAAAUAAUCAUCAGAGAUGCCAAUCGGUUCCACUGCUUUAAAAAUGGCAGUUGCUCUUGUGGUGAAUACUGGUGAUGAUCCAUUAAUCUUUCAGUCAUUGAGCAACUUAUCUAAAGAAAAUAGUCUAUUCAGCUGAGAGGUCAACUGUGCUGUAUUACACAAAAUCAGCUUUCAAUGCAAGCCAAACUGAGCUUUUAUCAGGAGGUCCAUUUUGCUUGGAUUCCAUGACUUGAGCACGGGGAAGAUGAUUGGAAGUGGGCAUGAAGUUGGAGUCUACCUCUUUGAUGGACCUUCAAAGCAUUGACUGUCAAGCCAAACUGAGUUUUGUUCAAAUGAAAAAAUGAGUCUUUUGAAAUUAUGGCAUUGUCAUCUUGGUCAUAUGUCUUUCAAUUCUGUAAAACUUUUGUUUCCAAACUUGUUUGACUCUGUGCCAAAGUUGAAUUUUGAAUGUGAAUUUUGUCAUCUG